CGGGCAGUUUCUGUCAUGUGAGAAACUUCUUUGUCACACUUCCUAGAGCCCAGCGUAAAUAAGCUGAUUAGUCGGGGAGAUGGCUGGAGAAACAGAAGAUGAGAUCCCUGAAUCCGGAGCCGUCUUCACUUUUGGAAAGAGUAAAUUCGCAGAUAAUGCCCCUAGUAAAUUCUGGUUAAAAAAUGACGUACCUUUGAGAAUUGCCUGUGGAGAUGAGCACACAGCUCUGGUGACAGAAAAUGGGAAGCUGUUUAUGUUUGGCAGCAAUAACUGGGGACAGCUGGGCCUCGGAACAAAAACCACAGUGAAUAAACCAACUUGUGUGAAAGCCCUGAAAUCAGAGCGGGUGAAGCUUGCAGCCUGUGGAAGAACUCACACACUUGUUUAUACAUCCCGAGGGAACCUGUAUGCCUCUGGAGGGAAUAAUGAAGGACAGCUCGGCCUCAGUGACUGUGAGGACAGAACUUCCUUCCACCUGGUGGACUUCUUCAGCAAACACGGGCCGGUCAAAAUGCUUGCAGCUGGUUCCAAUACAUCUGCUGCCCUGACACAGGAUGGCAGGCUCUAUAUGUGGGGAGAUAACUCAGAGGGCCAGAUUGGACUGGGGAAGGAGAGUAACGCACUGACUCCUCGGGAGCUUUCUGUGGGAAAACGAGUGUCCUGGGUGUCCUGUGGAUAUUAUCAUUCUGCCUUUAUCACCGUGGAUGGGGCCUUGUUCACAUUUGGAGAAAAGGACAGUGGGAAGCUGGGCUUGUCCACAGAGAAGCUGGCCAAUCAUAAAGUGCCUCAACAGGUGACCGGCAUCUCUGAUAAAGUGGUACAGGUAUCCUGUGGAGGAGGGCACACAGUGGCGCUUACGGCAGAGCAAGAUGUGUAUUCGUUCGGCCUGGGUCAGUUUGGACAGCUCGGUCACGGGACAUUCAUAUUUGAGUCACGUUUACCCAGAGUGGUUGAACAUUUCAGGAGGGGGAGAGUUAAACAUGUGGAGUGUGGAGAGAACCAUACAGCGCUGAUUACUGACAGUGGACUUUUGUACACCUUUGGUGAUGGUCGACAUGGAAAGCUGGGGCUUGGAGAAGAGAACUUCACCAACCAGUUCAAACCAACCCUGUGUCCAAGAUUCCUAGACUAUCAUGUACAUUCUGUUACUUGUGGUGGGUGUCACAUGCUUGUUUUGGCAAAGCCCAGGCCUGAAGGCUCGGAGGAAUUGAUUCUGGAGGAGGAUGAUGUGACAGAAGACUACUUGGAGAAAUCCUAUACUGAGUUACUGGGGGACACGCAAAGUCAGAACACCUUACACAGGAGUCUCUCGGCUCGGGUCAGGCGCAGAGAACGGGAGCGUUCACCAGAUCAGUUUGGACAGAUGUUUCGAACACUUCCAGUCUUGGGGGGAAAUCAGCUGAGUGCAUCUUUAUCUGUCCCCAGUCAGAUCCAUCAAUCUCAUAGUAAACAACCGGGAAAGAUCCCUCUUAACAGUCUCAAAAUUCCUGGAAAGAGAGAAAAGUCUCUCGAUGACAGAAGCAGUGUGGAGGAUAGUGAGAGUGUAAAAGACCUUGGAGAAACCACUGACUUAUUAAACCUGACUCAUGUAAUGAAGAUGGACCCUAGCUACAAGACUCUAACCUUGUCUCCAAUGGAAAAGAAGAAUGUUAAGCUUGUGAAAGAGCACGGUAAGGAGAAGGGGAAACCAAGAGAUGACCCCGCCCUUUAUAGAAAGAGAGCAGAGCUUUUAGCUCGAAAAGCUCUUCCGACUGAGUCACUUAAAAGUUCAAGUGGUAGCUCAGUAGUCGGAGACGGUCUUGGGUCAGGGACUCCUCACAAGAGCCCUAAGAGACAUGGUCGGGAUAAAGAAAAUGUACUUUUAGCUUUGGAGGACAGAAGGCCUGCACAUCACCAAGCUGCAGGAAGCAACACAAGAAUGGGGACAGACAUAAACAGAGCUGAAUCUAAAUCUUUCCAGCCUAAACACAAACAGCUGAUGAAGUCAAGGAAUAGAGUUACAGGAAAAGACGCUGGGAAUAAAGUACAGAUACUUCAGGAACAUUCAGAGGUAGAGGCUGAAAGUGAGAAGGCUGUUCACAAGUCAAAAGGAAGUAAAAAAACUAACCAAGAAGGUAAAACAAAACUACUGGAAGUCAGUAGUGAAUCUCAGAAGGUUAUGGGAGAAGAGAAAAAAGUAAAAACUAAACCCAUAAUAGUUGUCGAACAAUAUCUUGAACAAACCAGACAUAAAGACCAAGACCCAACAGGUAAGAUGUCAAAAGACAUUUUAUCAAAAGCUCAAAAGAAGAAAGGUGAAACAAACACUGCUAAAACAGAGACCAAAGGUUUUGUCCCACAGAGCAAAAAGUUAGAUUCAAAAAAGGACUCAAAAAGUAAAAAGACAGAACAAGAGGUCUCCUCUACUUCACAGCAGUCCUCUUGUCAAGAAAUCUUUACAAAGAAGACUAAGAAAUCAAAGGCGGAGCAAAACCCUUUGCUAGUAGAGGAGAAAAAUAAGGGGUCUAGUAUGGUCUCAGAAGCUGAUUUCAAAUCUGAAUCAGAGUCAGAACAAAUUAAGAAAAAUCCUCUAACCAAUGUGACAUCAUUUCUCCAGGAUGUAGGAAUGGGUAGUCCUGCUCGUUUACUUGGAGAUACUGCAGUCAGUCAGUUCCUUUCCCUGUCUACACCACAAAAGAUUCAUAAACCCCUUUCAAAUGAGAGAACUCUGUCUGAUGUUUCGUCCCUGAGUGAGUCUUUUGAGGUUUCAGGACAAGAGGAGAAAAUAGAGGCCAAGAAGACGGCCAACACCAUCAAUGUUAAGGCAGAACCAGAAACCUUAGACAGGGACUUGGAAAGAACCAGCACUGAGUCCAAAACUGAGGCUUAUUCUGAGGUGGGAACAUAUAGAAGUGACGAAGAGGAAUUGGAAGAGGAGGAAAGUGAGGGAUCGGUGAACAGAAGGGAUGAGAGUGAAGAAAUAGAUGACCAAGAAGAGGAAAGCGAGGGAUCAGUGAACAGAAGGGAUGAGAGUGAAGAAAUAGAUGACCAAGAAGAGGAAAGCGAGGGAUCGGUGAACAGAAGGGAUGAGAGUGAGGAAAUAGAUGACCAAGAAGAGGAAAGUGAGAGCAAUACCCUAGCAAAUGAUGAUGAUUCUGAAGUUGAUGUUGAUACCACGAUCAAAGCUUCUACUGAGGAUGAGGAAAGUGAGGAAGAGGAGGAGAAAAGUAAAAGUGAGGCAAUUGAGGAUGUUGAGAGUGACGAUGAGGAAGAGGAGAGUUGUGAAGUAGAAGAUGAGGAGGAGGAAACAAGUGAGAUAAGGAGAAACAGUGAAGAGAGUGGAGAAGAAGAGGGUGAUAGCAAAACGAGUGAGGAGGAAGAAGAAGAGGAGGAAAGUGGUGAAGAAUCAGAGAGCAGAAGAGAUAGAUCAGAGGAAGAGUCAGAUGAAGAAGACGAGGAUGAGUCGGAGGAGAAAGAUAGUAAGAAUGAGGAAGAAAGUGAAGUGGAAGGUGACAGUGAGGCAGAGGAGGAUGAAGAUGGUGAAAAAACUAGUGAAGAAGAGGAGGAAGAUUCAGAAAAGGAAAGUGAGACUGAAGAUGAUGAAGAUGAAGGGGAGAGUGAUAAUGAACCAGAGGAGGAGGAGGAGGAAAGUGAGGAAGAUAAAGAGGAGAAUGACGAAAGUGAGGAGAAUGAAGAGAGCGAAGGAGGUCAAGAGGAUGAGGAGGGUGAAAGUGAUGAAGAUGAAGCAAUGAGUGAGAAUGAUGAAGAGGAAGAAGAAGAGAAUGAAAAUGAAGAGGAAGAAGAACAGGAGAGUAAAGAGGAAGAAAAAAGUAAUGAUGCGGAGGAAGAACAUGAAGAAGAGGAAGCAGAGGAGGAAGAGUCUGAAGGAAGAGAGGAGACAGAAGAAGCAGAGGAUGAGGAGGGAGAAGAGGAGAACAAAGAGGAAGAAGAGGAAGAGAAAAGUGAUGAAGAGGAAGAUAAAAGUGAUGACGAAGAAGAAGAAGAAGAAGAGAAGGCCAUGAGAAAACGCUAUAAAGUGGCUGAAUCCACCAAACCAAGGUCAAGUGUGAAAACAUCUAAACAGCAGUCAAAAGCCAAAAGGAGCCGAGCAGAAAACAGUCAGUCAGAUGAUGAGUCGCAUGAGUCUAAGCAGUUCUGGGAUGAUGUUCUACCUCAAUACCUCAAUCUAAAAUAAUUCAGCAACCUCAACCCCUGUCUUUUUUCCCUCUUGACUUAAUGAGCUUGCUGUUUCAUGUAUUUGCCUUUUGUGUUCUUUCUUGCUUUUUGCUUGUCAUGUUUUUUUUUCCAUUAUUAUUCCUGCAAUUUCGCCCAUGCCAAUCUCACUAUAUGUAUUGCUUCACAUUUUUCAUUCAAUUCUAUUUAUUUUGCUAACUUUUUUUUAUAAGUAUUUAUAUAUCCAAUCAAUAGUGAAGAACUCAUGAUGUGCCUUAGGAUUUAUCUAAUGGACAGCCAUGUUCUUUUAUUAACUAAUGUGCUUGACGAAAUGCCGCUAUUAAUGAAUUUAAAUGUUCUUUUUUUUUUCUUUGAAAAUCUUAAAAAUACAGAAUUAUGUACCAAUUUUCUGCCUUAUAUAUCAAAUGCAUAACAAUAUUAAAACGGCAGCUUGUAAUCUUUUACAAAAAAGAAAAAUAAUUGGAAAAACUGAGCCCAAGGAUUAGUCAUUAGUUAGGUAGCCUUUAGUUAAAAUUUUGCACUUGUUCUGUGAACUCUUUUUUUUUUUUUUUUUUCUUUGGUUACAUACAAUAACCAAUAAAACUAUUUGCAUGCAUUUUUAUUAACACCUAUGUGUUAUUUAUUUAUUUAAUUUAUUUUUACUUUUUAUUAUAAUUGUUUUUAUUCUCUUUUAUUUCAACAAAACACAGGAACUUUAUAAAGACAAAAUUCUGAGUGAAUUAAAUGAAGAAAACUGCUACUACGCGAUUGUUUAGUGAAAGCUAUCAUGCAGUACCUGAGAAUUUCGCAACGUAACUUAUUUACAAAUUAAAAAUAUAUAAAUAUUGCAACUUGCAAAGCCAUUGCAAUCAAGCACAGAACUGAAAAUCUUUCAUCGGACAGGUGAGGAUGCCCUCUUUAUCUACUAUCUCUGUAGAGGUGUUCCUCCUAAAUAGAUCCCUAGUCCAUGCUCCUACUCACAGUACUUGUGUGUUUGUUUAUAUAUAUGUAGUUUGUUAGCUAGUUUUUAAUUUUACAAAGACCACUCAACUCACACGAACCCUUUCCUGCCGUUCUAGAGCCUUUUUUCACGUUUCACAGUCGUCUGUUUAGUCACUGAUCGUGUCGUUUCUCUUUUUUGCAUGGCCACCAUCCAUUUCUCCAGCUCCGGACAGAC